GAGCUUUCUGAAGACAUCAACAGAGAACCAAUAAACUGCUCCAUCCUCAAGCUCCUGUGAAGCUGUUACAAUGGCAAUGAACACCUCAUCCAAAUAUGAGAACAUCACCUGCAAAAUUCUGAUCCAUUCAGGAUCUCCCACUGUCUACCAGCUGACACCAAAGAAAGAGAAGAUUAGAACUCUAACAAGAAUGACUCUUGGUGAAAAAGAUGUGAACAAGACCAACAAAACUAUUUUACUUGUUGGUGAAACAGGAACAGGAAAAUCUACUCUGAUCAACGCUCUGGUCAACUACACCAUGGGAGUGGAGUGGGAGGACAAUGUCUGGUUUCAGAUCGUAGAGGACGAGAAGAGAAGUCAGUCAGAGAGUCAGACAUCAGAUGUGAUCGUUUAUCAGAUCUUUGGUUUUGAAGAUAAAACUCUGCCCUACUCUCUGACCAUCAUCGAUACUCCUGGAUACGGAGAUACAACAGGGAUUGAACGAGAGGUCAUCAUCAGUCAGAGAUUAUUCGACUUGUUCCGCUCAGAGGACGGAGUCCAUGAGAUCAAUGCAGUGGGUCUGGUGCUGAAAGCGACUGAGAAUCGACUCAGUGACCGACUGAGGUACAUCUUUGAUUCAGUGAUGUCUCUGUUUGGAAAAGAUAUGGAGAACAACAUUGUUGCCCUCAUCACUCACUCAGAUGGAACAACAUAUAAAAAUGCUCUGAAAGCCCUCGAGGAUGCAAACAUUAAGUUUGCCACAGAUGGAAAGAAUCAGCCUGUUCACUUUCAGUUCAAUAACUGUCAGCAUAGAGACAGAACAGAGGACACAGAAGACCUGCAACAUGCAGAUCAAAAAACAACAAAAGGACUGAGACAGUUCACAGACUUUCUGGAAAAAACUGAACCUCAAAAGCUGGAGACAACUGUGGAUGUUCUGAAUGAACGAAUCAGACUGACAGCCUGCAUCCAAAACCUGAAAGAGAGAGUUGAGUUUAUUGAACUAAAACAGAAAGAAAUCCAACAGACUGAGGAAGCUCUGAAGAAAAAUGAACAAGAGAUGAAGAACAAUGAGAAGUUCACUGUAGAAGUUGAUGAGGUCUGCAAAGUUAAAGAACCUUUCAGUGCGAGGAAGUGGUGGGGAAUUUGGUUAAAUUACGGAGGAGCUGUGUCCUGUAACGUCUGUGAAGAGAACUGUCACUAUCCAUGUACACUUGCCUGGUACGCAGGACAGUGUGAAGUCAUGAAAGAUGGCCGCUGCACUUCAUGUACGAAGAAGUGUCCUGUAUCAGCUCAUGUGAAAAAAAAGGAAAUCUAUGUGAACAGUACAAAAAAAGCUCUGAAGACCUUAGAAGAUGUGAAAGAGAUAUAUGAAAAGAGUAAAUCAGACUGUAAGGAGACAAAAAGCCUUUUGGAAAAUAUGGAAAAGAAAACAGAAGAACUUCAGAAAGAUAAAGAUCAGUGGUUGGAAGAGUCCUUCCAGCAUGUUGUCAAACUGGAGCAGAUCGCCCUGAAUGCUGAUUCACUGUCCACUCUUGUCCACUUGGACUUCCUGAUUGAGAAGAUGAAGGAGAAAGGAGACACAGAGAAGGUCCAGAAACUGGAAGAGAUGAAAAGACGAGUGGAUGAAGAUAAAGGAACCAGAGCAGCACUGGGGUACUUGGUUGGUAAACUAACAGCAGCUGGCAGCUGCAGGCUCACUGCUACCGGUCUCAUGCAUGCAGAUUGA